UCUAACAUCGAGGCUCAAGCGGCGCAGCGAACAGCACACACUAGCGGCUGCGGCUCCAAGGGGGUCUCUGAAAGAUCAAGUUGACCGACGUACGUGCGUAGCGAUGGUGUCGCGACAGCAACAGUGCACCGGAAUACCGGCCGUGUUUGCCGGUGCCGACGUCUUCAUUACCGGCGGCACGGGCUUCAUGGGCAAAGUGCUGAUAGAGAAACUGCUGCGAUCGUGCCCGAAACUCGGAACAGUGUUUGUGUUGAUGCGCGGCAAACGCGGCAAAUCGCUCGAGGAGCGUUUGAAACAGAUCACCGACGGAGAGUUGUUCGCCGUGCUGAAGCGCGAGAAUGGAGCCGCCCUGGCCAAAAUCUGCCCCAUCGAGGGUGACUGUACCGAGCUGAACCUUGGCAUGUCCAACGGGACCGUGGAGCGGCUGCGAAACGUCCAGUUUGUGUUUCAUGCGGCCGCCAGUGUGCGUUUCGAUGACCCGCUCAAAGAUGCCAUCCUCACCAACACUCGCAGCACGCGCGAACUGCUGGAGUGGGCCAAAACACUGGAAAAGCUAAAGGCCGUCGUCCACAUAUCCACCACCUACUGCAACCCGGAGCUGCUGCACGUGGAGGAGAAGAUCUAUCCGCCGAAAAUGGACUGGAAGGAAGCGAUACGUUUGGCCGAGACGUUCGAUCGGGCCACGCUGGAGAUGUUUAAAGAAAAAUUGACGCAGUUUGCCCCGAACACGUACACCUACACCAAAGGGCUGGCGGAGCAGAUUUGCGAGGAGUAUCGUCACGAGAUCCCGCUGGUUGUGUUCCGGCCAUCGAUUGUGACGAACGCCGAAAGUGAACCGCUGAGCGGAUGGGUCGACAACUUCAACGGACCGAUCGGGCUGCUGCUGGGUUGCGCUUCCGGCGUCGUUCGUACCGGGUUGGUCGAUUUAAAGAAUCGCAUCAACUGCAUCCCGGUCGAUGUCAGCAUUAAGGCAAUCAUAGUGGCCGCCUGGAAGCGGGCCUCGAUCGAUGGGGCGGGUGCGCUGCCCGUCUACAACAGUGCCGCCGCGCCGGAGAAAACCAUCAACUACGGCAUGAUGCUGUACGACGGCAAGGCCCUGUUCGACCGUGUGCCGCUGUCCAACGUGCUCUGGGCCCCGGGUGGUACGGCGACGACCAACAAGUACUUGUUCUAUUUCGCGUUCUUUUUCGCCCAAAUAGUGCCGGCACUGCUGAUCGACACGCUGCUCCGCAUCACCAGCCACAAGCCAUUUAUGUUAAAAUUGAUUCGUAAAAUAUUUGACGCCCAAGUGUCCCUACGCUACUUCAUGAACAACGAGUGGUUCUUUGUGAACAACAAUUUCAAACAGCUCCAGGAGGUGCUGCAGGACGACGACAAGAGUGCGUUCUCUACCAGCUACUUUCUGCACGGCAUGAUGGAGUACUACAAGCGAGCGAUUCUCGGCGGCCGCCGGUACCUGAUGAAGGAGUCGGACGAAACCAUACCGGCGGCGCUGAAAAAGUACAAGCGACUGCUGGUGCUCGACGUUAGCGUGAAGAUUCUUGUAGGAUUGCUAUUUAUGUAUUGGCUCUACAACAGGUAUUCGAAGUAGCAACGCUAACGAAAUCGUUCCCGGAAAGAGCACACAUCCGUGCGGACAUCCGUCACAUGGCGGUGCGAAAGGUUCUGUUACUGAGAAAUAAAUUAUUAUUGUGCACAACGUGUGCCGGCAUGGAACAG